AUGGUCCUGCAUAGCAACCCCCUUCGCGGUGCCGAGCUCACUUCAUCGGUUUCCCUGAGCUGGAAUGUCCUCAUCAAUCCCACUGCUACACCAGACCCUGUUGAUAUCAAUGACAUCAUCAGCUACGGAGCUCAGAUUCCUGGUACCAGAUGCCCAACUUGCGCUCUUAAGGGAAAGGAAGUGUGGGUUAUUCCUGGCAGGAAUUGCGGCUAUUGUGGCACGCCAUGUGAUUUUCACUAA